AUGCCACUGUUGCACAGCGGAGAAGAGGAGCUCCUCUCAGCCAGAAACCUCAUAGACCAAAGGAACUCGGAGACUCCCCUGCUCACACCCCCAUCCCAGACUCCCCCUGCACACCCCCCAUCUCCAGACUCCCCCUACCCCCCAUACUCCCCCUGCUCACACCCCCAUCUCAGACUCCCCCUGCUCACACCCCCAUCUCCAGACUCCCCUGCUCACACCCCCAUCUCCAGACUAACUCCCCUGCUCAAGACUCCCCUGCUAACCCCCAUCUCCAGACUCCCCCUGCUCACACCCCAUGCUAGCUCGUUUAGUGACUCCCCUGCUCACACCCCCAUCCCAACUCCCCCUGCUCCAUACUCCCCCUGCUCGUCUCCAGACUCCCCUGCUCACACCCCCAUCCCCAGACUCCCCCUGCUCACACCCCCAUCAAAACCCAUCUGCUCCCCCUGCUCACACCCCCAUCUCCAGACUCCUGAUCUCCAGAUGGACAGACUCUAUCUAACUGUCGCUCAUGACUCCCCCUGCUCACCCCCCAUCUCCAGACUCCCCCUGCUCAACCCCCAUCUCAACACCCCAUCUCCCAGACUAAUCCCCUGCUCAUACCCCCAUCUCCAGACUCCCCCUGCUCAUUUACACCCCCAUCCCAGACUCCCCUGCACACCCCAUCCCCAGACUCCCCUGUUCCAGACUCCCCCUGACACCCCCAUCUCCAGACUCCCCCUGCUCCACCCCCAUCUCCAGACUCCCCCUGCUCACACCCCCCAUCUCCAGACUCCCCCUGCUUCUGGACUCCCUGCUCCACCCCCCAUCCAGACUCCCCUGCUCUCUCAACUCCCCCUGCUCACCAUCUCCAGACUCCCCCUGCUCACACCCCCAUCUCCAGACUCCCCUGCUCACACCCCCAUCUCCAGACUCCCCCUGCUCACAGAUCCCCCUGCUCACACCCCCAUCUCCAGACUCCCCUGCUCAUGCCUUUCCCCUGCUCACACCCCCCAUCUCCAGACUCCCCCUGCUCAUCUCCAGACUCCCCCUGCUCACAAUCUCCAGACUCCCCCUGCUCACACCCCCAUCUCCAGACUCCCCCUGCUCACACCCCCAUCUAGACUCCCCCUGAAGACACCCCCAUCUCCAGACUCCCCCUGCUCACACCCCCAUCUCCAGACUCCCCCUGCUCAGCUACCCCCCAUCUCCCAGACUUCUAAUAUCUCCAGAGUCAACCCCCAUCUCCAGACUCCCUGCUCACACCCCAUCAUUGACUCCCCCUGCUCACACCCCCAAGAUAUCUAUGUUGUCACCCCCCCCAUCCUUCCCCCUACUCCCCCUGCUCACACCCCAUCUCCAGACUCCCCCUGCUCACACCCCCAUCCCCAGACUCCCCCUGCUCACACCCCAUCCCCAGACUCCCCCUGCUCACACCCCCAUCUCCAGGACUCCCCUGAUCCCCAGACUCCCCCUGCUCACACCCCCACAAAUCUCCAGACUCCCCCUCAUCUCCAGACUCCCCCCUGCUCACACCCCCAUCUCCAGACUGAACCCCCCAUAAGAGGACGGACUCCCCCUGCUCACAGGCAGACUCCCCCUGCUCACACCCCCAUCUCCAGACUCCCCCUGCUCACACCCCCAUCUCCAGACUCCCUGCUCACACCCCUCUCAGACCAGAAACCCCCUCAUAGACCAAAUCUCCAGGAACCCCCAUCUCCAGACUCCCCCUGCUCACACCCCCAUCUCCAGACUCCCCCUGCUCACGACUCCCCCCUGCUCACACCCCCAUCUCCAGACUCCCCUGCUCACACCCCCCAGACUCUCCAGACUCCCCCCCCCAUGCUCCACACCCCCAUCUCCAGACUCCCCCUGCUCACACCCCCAUCUCCAGACUCCCCUACUCCCCCUGCUCACACCCCCAUCUCCAGACUCCCCCUGCUCACCCCCCAUCUCCACUCCCUGCUCCCCCCAUCUCCAGACUCCCCUGCUCACACCCCCAUCUCCAGACUCCCCUACUCCCCCUGCUCACACCCCCUCCCCUGCUCACAUCUCCAGACUCCCCUGCUCACACCCCCUCCCCUGCUCAUCUCCAGACUCCCCUGCUCACACCCCCAUCUCCAGACUCCCCUGCUCACACCCCCAUCUCCAGACUCCCUGCUCACCCCCUCAUCUCCAGACUCCCCUGCUCACCCCAUCCCCAUCUCCAGACUCCCCUGCUCACACCCCCUCCAGACUCCCCUACUCCCCCUGACUCCCCUGCUCACACCCCCAUCUCCAGACUCCCCCUGCUCACACCCCCAUCUCAUCCCCUCAGACUCCCCUGCUCACACCCCCAUCUCCAGACUCCCCCUGCUCACACCCCCAUCCCCAGACUCCCCCUACUCCCCUGCUCACACCCCCAUCCCCAGACUCCCCCUGCUCACACCCCCAUCUCCAGACUCCCCCUGCUCACCCCCCAUCUCAGACUCCCCCUGCACACACCUCAUCCCCACCCCCUGCUCUCACACCCCCAUCUCAGACUCCCCCUGCUCUCACAAUUAUCUGGAAGGCUUGACAAAGACAUAA